GUCAUGUCACUUGGUUCAUUCAUUCAUCAUUUAUUUAUCAUCGCUAGAGUUACUUCCUGAAGAGCAUUUAUUUUGAAGAUGACCGGAAGUGGGACUACCACUCCCGCCCGGUCAGCUGACAGACCGCCGGUCUGCUGACUGUCAAACAAGCCCAGUCUCCAUCUGGCUGGGGAGGAACUUUUCGUUGUCCCCAUUUGUGGAGCUCCUAAACGGACUCGUUGAAAUUCUCCCAGGCUGGAUCGUUGGCCUUCUCGAGCCGCGCUUGUCGCACCUUGCCUCGGAUUCCCAGGGGCCGACUCGUCCCUUCGCCAGCCGCUCCGGCUGGUCGACUCCAAGCCCGGCGGCCCCCGCGGAGCGCCAUGGCCCUGGUGGAGGUCGUCAUGCAGGGCCUGGCCGUGUUGGGCUUCUUGUUGUUCGUCGUCCUGUGGCUCAUGCACUUCAUGUCCAUCAUCUACGUGCGCCUCCACCUUCACAGGAAGAGGUCAGAGGUGAAACAGCCCUUUGUGCAAAUGGCGGGAGUUUCUCUGCUGAAGCCCCUGAAGGGUGUCGACUCUAACCUCAUCUCCAACCUGGAGACAUUCUUCACGCUGGAUUACCCCAAGUACGAACUCCUCAUGUGCGUUCAGGACCAAGACGAUCCGGCCGUGGAUGUUUGUAAGAAGCUUUUAGGGAAGUAUCCCAACGUGGACGCCCGCCUCUUCAUUGGCGGCAAGAAGGUGGGAAUCAAUCCCAAGAUCAACAACCUGAUGCCAGGCUACGAAGGAGCCAAGUACGGACUGGUGUGGAUCUGCGACAGCGGCAUCAGAGUCAAAGCAGACACGCUGACCGAUCUGACCAAUCAGAUGACAGAGAAGGUGGGUCUGGUUCACGGUCUCCCAUACGUAGCUGAUCGCCAGGGCUUUGCCGCCACGCUGGAGCAGGUUUAUUUUGGGACGUCGCACCCUCGAUCGUACAUCUCUGCUAAUGUGACGGGCAUCAAGUGCGUGACGGGAAUGUCGUGUCUAAUGAGGAAGGACGUCCUGGAUCAGGCUGGCGGGCUGGUGGCGUUCGCUCAAUACAUCGCCGAGGAUUACUUCAUGGCUAAAGCCAUCGCUGACAGAGGCUGGAAGUUCUCCAUGGCGACACAGGUAGCUUUGCAGAACUCGGGGUCGUACUCCAUUGGCCAGUUCCAGUCUCGCUUGAUCAGGUGGACCAAGCUGAGGAUCAACAUGCUUCCUGGCACCGUGCUGGAACCCAUCUCCGAGUGUUUCCUGGCCAGCCUCAUCAUUGGCUGGGCUGCACAUCACGUCUUCAGGUGGGACAUGAUGGUGUUCUUCAUGUGUCACUGCCUGGCCUGGUUCUUGGCUGACUACAUCCAACUGACUGGCGUUCAGGGCGGACCUCCGAGCUUCUCCAAGCUGGACUUUGCUGUGGCCUGGUUCAUCCGGGAGUCCAUGGCGGUGCAGAUCUUCCUGUCUGCACUGUGGGACCCGACCAUCAGCUGGCGGACCGGCCGGUACCGGCUCCGCUGUGGCGGGACGGCUGAGGAGAUCCUGGACGUCUAGUUGCCAUGGUGACGCCCUCCCCCCACAGACACUUUGUUGUUUUCAAAUAUUUAUGUUGAAUUUUGGUGCUAACGGGCCAAUGAAAGCGCAGGAAGACAAAGGUGAUGCGGGAUGACAUCACCACAGCGGCCCAAUCAGGAGGGAGCUGUCAAACAGUGUUAUGAGCGUGCACGUGACAAAGCAUUUCCUGUUAACGCCCGCACUGCCAGCGAGCGCGCAUCAGUGUUGUGUUGCAACAUUUCAGCUAGCAAGUGCUGUUAACGUAGCAUUUGCUGUUAGCAUAGCCACGGGGGUUCGCUUGAUGAUGUCACUGAUGAUGUCGGAUGAACCCGCCGGUGCCGUCGUCCAAUCAGACCUUCUUUCAUGUCUUAACAGACCAAUUGCAGUUUAGCAUUUUGGCAACACGAACAAUAAAGUUUUGUCUUUUCACAA